CUGUAAAAAAAUAAAAAUCAUACUCAACAGCUUUACAUGAUACGAUUACAAAGCAAUUAGUCUGUUAAUAAUAAUUAAUUCUUUUUCUAAUCAAUCUCUUAUUUAAUUGUUGUUUGGGAACGGUAAUCCUUUCUACAACCAUCUUAUCUAUUAAUCUGUGAAUUGCCUGAUACACUCAAAUAAAUGCCUUAAGAGUCAAACUGGUCGUUUCUUUUUUUAUUGUCUCUUGGAUUAAAUAUUCUGUAUUUUGCCUUGUACUUAUGUGUACAAACAGUAUUUAAUUUGAAGAUAGAAUUUUUGUAGUUUUUAGUAAAUUCUUUGUCCUUCUUUUUCCUCGUUUUAACCAUCUUUCUAAACAAUGGAUAACCUGUCGAGUGGAUCUAUGGAUACUAGUUCUGUCGAUAUUGUUAUGCAAGUGAACCAGAAUAAUACUGAGGAGGAAAAUAAAUUGUCACCACAAGUAACCACAACAACAGCGUCAACAACAAUAUCAAACAGCCCUGAAAAAAUGAUUAAGCCACCAACUAUUGGAAUGAGAACUCUGCUGGAGUCUAUAUUAAUCAAAACUUUAGGAGUAUCUUUAUCAACCUUUCGGCUCCAAUCUAAAGAACCUUACAACCAAUUACUCGACAGUGAGGAUAUUGCAGGCUAUAUGACCAUCAUUGAGGCGGUUUUUAUGGAUCUAAUCAGUGACUUUUCAGCUGCUGCCAGCUCUUCAGAUCCUUCAGCUCCAACUGAGGUUUACAAUAAAUACACUUGGCCUUUAUGGAGUUCAUCUGAAACUAAUGGUACAGCUUAUCAUUUAUCAUCAUCGUCAUCAUCAUCAUCUCUCUCAUCUUCAUCUUCAUUAUUAUUUUCAAAUAAUUCAGGUUUAAGAUUUUCCAAAGAGAUCAUUGAAAGUAAAAACGUUGGAACCAUCUUGCUCAGAUAUCUUAUGGAAUCAUAUGAAAGAUCAGCCGUAUUGGAAAAAACAUCAUUAUCCCCUUCUUCAAGCUCUAAACAACUAAUAUCUGAAAUUCGUGGACAAUGUGUCAAUUUUGCUAUUCUUUUGCUAACAAAUACUUUUUCACCAUCAAUCGACUGUGGUAACAGUACUACAUCUCUGUUGACGCCAUUCAUCCUACACGAUAGUUGGCCCACAAGUUUUAUAUUUGAUUUGGCUUCAACUGUCUUCAAUGAAGAUGGUAUUGAGGGCAAUUUCGCCUCUAUCUUCAAACCUUUACUCUUCUCUUUAUGGCAAGAAAUGUUACAGUAUUGUAGCAUUACUCAUGAAGAUCGAUAUAAACUGCCACUUCAUGCUUUGACUGAAUUAUGUGAUAUUAAAAUUGCACAAAAUAGACCCAUCUGCAAUUUGCUAGUGAGAAUGGAACACUGGCUCCCGGAGUCUUUGUCCAGUGCGCCUGGUCGCGAAUUUGCUAGACUAACAUUUAUGGCACCUUUUCUACGUUUAUCAGUAUUCGCAGAAGAUGAUCCUCGAAUCAUAGAGAAAUUUUAUGGAGAAAGCGUUUUAAAACAUGAUGCCAUCAAGUCGAUUAAUACUUAUCUUCAAAAUCAUUUGGAAUUUAUUCGUAAAGAAUUGCAUAAUAUUUUUUAUGGGAUUUUAGUCAACCGAUCAAGUAGGGAUGGUGCCAUGAACUAUCUGACCGAAGCUCUGAAACGAAAUGAAAAGAAAGCUCAGAUGCAAGCAGCCGAGAUGAAUUUAUCUCCGGAUGGCUUUUUGCUCAAUCUACUCUCAGUUCUACAAAAACUAUCUCUUAAAAUAAAAUUGGACAAAAUUGAUGUAUAUUAUCCUUACCUGACGGCUAGCAGAGUUGCUAUUAAGCCCGAUGAAACUCGGUUGAAAUUGGCCCCAGCAGAGGCUGAAAAAUGGCAAAAACAGUUCGUAAUGGAACAACAUGGAUCUAAUUCUAGUGAACCGGCAUUUAAUACUGAAUGUUUUUACUUAACAUUAGUUUGUCAUCACCUAAGCGUGAUACCAUGUAUAAGACGAUACACACAGCGAAAAAGGACCAUCACUGAUUACAACAGAAUGGCUGAUGAGUUACAAUCUUUCGAGUCAAGUUGGGCUAACGAUCCCGCUAAUAGCCAAAGACAUAAACUGGCCAUAAAACAUUGGAGAGAACAAGCUCGAAGGCUGGUCAAAGCAAAAUACUGUGCUGAAGCAGCCAUUUUAGAUCAGCAAUUAUUGAGUAGAUGUUUAGCUUUUUACACAAUGACUAUGAACUUGUUAAUAAAAAGUGUUGGAUGUGAUCCAUGCUCUGGUCUUGUUAAUCUUCCGCUACCUGAUGCAGUUCCUGAAGUUUUCGCUGCUUAUCCUGAAUGGUACAUGGAUGAUAUAGCUGAUUUUCUCCUUUUCACGCUUCAAAAUGUGCCUCAAUUUAUUGAAUCUGAUCCAAAUGGUGAUGAUCUAGCCUUAUUUAUCGUUGUUUUCAUCUGUUCAUCACAUUGUGUAGCCAAUCCAUACCUCAUUGCUAAACUUAUUCAAGUGGUCUUCGUAUCAAGUCCUAUACUCCAUCCAAUGACUGGUGGUUUUCAUUCAAGAAUAUUAUCCCAUCCCCUAUCAAAAGCUCAUCUUGCUAGAGCGCUGAUGAAAUUUUACGUUGAUGUCGAGAGAACUGGAGCUUCCACUGAAUUUUAUGAUAAAUUCCAAAUUCGAUACCACAUAAGUGUAAUAUUUAAAUCACUUUGGGCUAACUCGUAUCAUCGACAAGCUGUCAUUGAAGAAUCUGAAACUGGAAAUCAAUUUAUCCGUUUCGUUAACAUGCUCAUUAACGAUACAACUUACCUAUUAGAUGAAAGUUUGGAAUCAUUAAAAAGAAUUCACGAAGUCCAAGAAGCUAUAGAAAAUAAAGAAGAAUGGGCUAAACAGCCCUCAGAAACUCAAGCGUCAAGACAAAGGCAAUUAGUUAAUGAUGAAAGACAAUGUCAGUCAUAUUUGACUCUAGCUAGUGAGACUAUGGACAUGUUCCAUUAUUUAACUGCUUUCAUCCGUGAACCUUUUUACAAACCAGAAAUUAUUGAUCGACUAGCUGCGAUGUUGAAUUAUAACCUUCAACAGCUAUGUGGACCUAAGUGCAAAAAUCUCAAAGUCAAAAACCCCGAUAGAUAUGGUUGGUCUCCUAAAAAAGUUUUGGACCAGAUAACUGAUAUUUAUUUACAUUUAGAUUCUGAUAAAUUUUGUGAGGCUAUAGCAGCUGAUGAAAGAUCUUAUAGUAAGGCACUAUUUGAAGAUGCAAUACUCCGAUUGAAAAAAGCGAUGAUAAAAACGGAACCAGCGAUUUACAAAUUCAAUGAGAUGGCGAAGAGAGUUGAAAAGAUAAGAGAAACAAAUGUCAAUAUGGAUUACAGUGAUGCCCCAGAAGAGUUCAAAGAUGCGUUGAUGGACACUCUCAUGGAUGAACCUGUAAUUUUACCAAGUGGUAAAAUAGUUGAUAAAUCAGUUAUUAUACGUCAUUUGCUCAAUUCAAAUACUGAUCCAUUCAAUCGUCAACCAUUAACUGAAGAUAUGCUCGUUAUAGAUAGCAAUCUUAAAGCCAGGAUUGAGGAAUGGAAACGAUUUAAACAGCAGUCUUUCAAGGAAACUCGAAGUAGUCCUUGAUCAAUUAAAGUUUUCAUUUAUGUUUCUCAUUUUACACAAAACUCAUCUGAAAAACAAACUAAAAAAAUACUUGUUUAUUAGAGACAUCAGUACGACAGAUUUAUAAAUAAUGUUUAUUAUAUACAGAGGCACCACAAUAAAUCAAAAGGAAACAAGUCAUUGUCUACCAAAUCAUCUAAUUCUUAUCAAUUUGCAGGAAGAUAAUUAUAUUUUGUACUUUUGCAAAAAUAACUUUGGCUUAUUAAUAUUAUCAUUAUGAUAUUCGUAUUUGUAAUUUGAAUCUUGCGCGAAUAUGUUAAGCCAAUCCCAAACGACUGGUUUAAAAUGAAUGUACUAAUCUUAAAACGACAGUAAAUUAACUUAGAUGACCUUAACUAAC